ACUAAAUGGAAUAGAGAAAAAUUGAAGAUUCUUAAUCUACGGAAAAUUCUCUAUUAAAUAAGAUACAUAUUAAAAUUCAGAAAGAAAAAAUUUCGUAACAAAAAUCAAUUACUAAAAUUUUAUAUUCCAACAUUCCUAACGUAAUAUUGCGUCUUAAAAAUGUUUAGAUGCUCGAAAAUACGUGCGAAUAUUUGUAUCGCAACUGUUUGUGCGAGCUUGAGGUUUGAUAACGCGGUAAGUUGAUAAACAUCGACGCGCAUCGGACAAAGACUGCAGCAAACCAGCCUAAAAAGUGUUAUUGUGCAUAGCAGUUGUGUUCUAGAACGAAUAAUUCGGCACGCGGUUAGUGCCGAUAUCGCGAUCGGGUUUGUUAAGUAGACUAUAGAAUAUAGACAAACACAGUGCUAAUUAAAUCAACUACAAAAAUCUGGUGAAAAAACAAUAACGAAAGAAAUCCAACAUUCGCAGAAUUAACACAUUUCUAACGUAAUAUUUUUACGUUUAUCUUGUAUCGACAUUGCUUGUGUUCUUUGACUGUCAUUGAAAAAGCGAUAUGUUGAUACGUACGGGCGCGAGACGGACAAAAAUCGCGAGAAGCAGCAUUCGUGCGCGCGCAUCAAAACAUUCUUGUGCUGAUAACGCGCGGUAACGGUCACAAGAAACGUACUCGUAGAAUUUGAUUGAGCAUUCGGUAAACUAUAAACUAGUGUAGUGUAGUGUAGUGUAGUGCAAAUUGGAGCCGAGAGAUGCCAGGCGUGCUAUAAGAGAGUCUCAGAGAAUACUUUAGCAAAUAUGGAGAAAUAUCAGAGGUGAUGGUGAUGAAGGAUCCGGCAACGAGGCGAUCAAGCCAUUGUGAUGCCGUUGCCGCCCUGGGCAUGGACAGCGGCGCCAGAAUGUUUACACCAAGGGGAUUCGGAUUUAUCACCUUCGCAGACCCGGCUAGCGUAGAUAAGGUAUUAGCUCAAGGCACUCACGAGCUAGAUGGUAAAAAGAUAGACCCAAAAGUAGCGUUUCCAAGGAGAGCACACCCAAAGAUGGUAACCAGGACGAAAAAAAUAUUCGUUGGAGGCCUAUCGGCGCCCACGACCCUCGAGGACGUCAAAAGUUACUUCGAGCAGUUCGGUCCGAUUGAGGAUGCGAUGUUAAUGUUCGACAAACAGACGAAUCGGCAUAGAGGUUUCGGAUUUGUCACAUUUCAAAGCGAAGAUGUUGUAGAUAAAGUUUGCGAAAUCCACUUCCACGAGAUUAACAAUAAAAUGGUGGAGUGCAAGAAGGCGCAGCCCAAGGAGGUGAUGCUUCCGGCCAACUUGGCGAAGACCCGAGCGGCCGGCCGCGGCGCAUACGAUUUUAUGUGGUCACUUGGAGCUCUACCGGACGGUUUUCCCGCCGCGUACGCAGCCUAUGCCGCCGGUCGAGGUUAUUCGGGCUAUCCUAGUUUCGGACUACCGUAUCCCACAGUGGAUUUAACCAAUGGGCAGCUCACACCUAACAAUAACACUCCACUGUUGACUCAAGCAUUGUCAGCAGGGUCGCCCGCAACAAAUUGGAGCCAACCGUCGCCGACCGGCACCGACCGAGCGAUCGCCCAACAACAGUUGUACGUUUCAUUUGCAGUGAUGAACAACUAUCAAGCGGCGGCUGCAGCGGCACAGGGCUUCGGCCCGCCAGCGUCGCCCCACACGGCUAACACGCGUGGCGGCUUCCCGGCGGCGAACUCACCCGGUCCUACCAUCGACAUGUACAACAGCAGCGCUGGCGACAGUGUCGGCUAUGUGCAGGCCGCCAGCCCCCAGCCGUCGUCAUUUCCCGCCAUCGCCGUCAGUCGGGCUCCUCUCAACUACAGUCCGGGUCCACUAAUUCCUGCUGCAUUCACCAACGGCUAUCACUGAGCUCCUCUCGGACGUUCCGGUGUUGCGUGAGACGACUCGGCAGCCACUGUGAUGUCAUCACACCUGCACUUGUACAUUCACUCUAUGUGUAUAAUAUAAUAAUGUAGCACCCCCUCUUCUCCGCCAGGCGCGGCCCACUUGUUGUUGUAAUGUUUGGUGUCAACGUGCCGCUUCGCCGCCCCCGGAGUUCGCCCAGAGGCCCGCAACCAAAAAAAGUGAAAGGUUUCAAAUCCAACACAAUCUCAUUCGAUAACUAAGGUAUAUGUUAUGCGCUAAAUGAACACGCGACAGUUGUGUGCAAGCUCGCCAGUCGCGUGGUCUGCGUACAAUCAACCAGAAUGUAAACUGAAGGAAAAAUCACACGAGCAAACCACGCGACGAGAGCACGGAAACGUUGCACCCUGAUGUUAAUCUCGAUCGUCACUCGAAUUUGCGAAUAUCGAUCAAAGAGCAGCGGCAGCAUUCAACAUCGCACAGCCGAGGGAUACUCGCGAAUGCGCUCCAAUACGUAUUUUAAGGUCUUGUUUGACGUGCGUAUUACAGCACUCAGUCAAGCGCUAGGUUACUCUAAUAUUAACCCCAGAAUGUUUCUUAAUGCGUACGAAUUACACACAUACCGGGGCUCAGACGCCCAUCACACCCACCCAACAACACUAACUCAAACGCAGACUCACAUACUCAACAAAUCGCCCUCGGCGGCCUCCGAAAUCGCGGCUUAAACCCACCAAACACAGGCACUCAUCGGUUACGUCUUGCGUUUAUUUCAUAUGAUAUAUUACAGGGUAUCUUUAUGGGAUACAUUAUCCUCACAUAUUAUUAUUAUAAGGACCAACGAGGCAAUGGCGAAAAUUCUCUAAAUUUGGUGCAUUGCCAUGGUAAAUUAAUUUAACUCUUGAAUUAAAUUAACAAUUAUCAAAUGCGACAAGAUUAAUUGGCCGCUAUAUACGAUCGUUUUGUUUUUAUCUAUUAUCAAAUCGUUUUUAUUUCGUUUUUGCAUUCGAUUUAUUAACUUUAUUAUUCGUUCGCUUUGCGAAUUACUGACACCUUUACAAAGUACGUUUAUUACAUAUAAUCUAGUUAAAUCAAAUGUUCUUUAUUAUGAUCAAUAUAAUUCGAUUCGUAAAUUAUUUAUCGUUAAUUAAUUAAUGCAUCGAAUAAAUGAUUUCGACAUAAACACUUAAAUCAUACCUAUAAUUAAUAAACAAUACAAAACACACAUUCGUCAACGCAAAUAAUAAUUACUCGUAAAUUAAUUGUUAAUUAUUCGUUUCGCCCCUAUCUAUUAAUUAUACUUAAACUAAAAAAAUAAAACAUACACAUACGAGAAACACUCACACAAACACCACACAUGUUACAUUACGUAAUUACCAAGUAAAGGUAAUGAAAAAGUACAGUACACAAUGUUUACGCGAUAAUUAAUGUAUACAAGAAGCAUUAAUCAAUUGGAUAUAAUAUAAUAUAAUUUUAACUUUAAGUACAAUUUGAAUGGACGAACUAAUGAUGAAAAAAAAUCUACAACAAAAAUAAACGUUGAUGCAGUUUCAAAAUGUAGCUGAACGGUUUGCAAAUUACAUUUAAAACAAUUAACAAACAAAAAAAAAUACAAAAAAUAUGUGUAAAUAAUUGUUGUUCGUGAUGAUGGUGCACAAGACUUGGGCGCGUGCUUGACGAAUUCGGUAACAAAGAAAAUCCCUGUGCGCAAGACGACGCGCAGCUCUUGCUAAAUUUUACAAACAAAAUUACUAUAUUAGGUACUAAGUAAGUGUUUUUCAAAACAAAAUUACUAAUUAAUAAUUAUUGUAUGCGUGUGUCCCUAAACUAAAUUUAACAAUUGAUCUUUGACUUACAAUCGAAUACACCAACAUGAUUGGUGUUUGAUGAAAUCAACAGGAUUCGAAACGAACAAAUUCGGAUGAUUAACGAUGAGUACGUACGGACGAUUCACAAAAUGAAUGUAUGAACAAAAACAUUUGACAUUUGAGAGAGGACACGGUAUGAGAUGUUCCGAAUUGUAUUUUGGUCGCGAUAUUUAACGCGGAACUCGAGGCAAUGAUGAAUGUGACGUUUGCAACGCGUCAGCGGUGUUGAUUUUUUUUUGGUUUUGGGCCGAGACUUGUGCGCCGGACGUCUGUGUAGCUUGUAGUGUCCUCGACGUAUAUUCCUCGUAAUCCUUUUAGAUCUGUCUGAUGAUUGUUUAGCUUAGCUAGGAACAGAUCUAUUAAAAGUAUAUAUUAUAUAAAUGUUUCCUGUUAUUAAGUGAAGAUAAUUCUAUAUGCUCGGGUUCGAGGGGCGGGCAGGUAAUAUUUAAAACGUAAAACAAAGCAAAAAAAAACAAAUAAUAUUUGGUGAAGACUGUCGUAGAGAACCAGCGAGUCAGUUGACAGGUAGAAGAAGUAGUAGGCGCGAUGUUUUCAAACACAUUUGAAAAACGAACGAAUUUUUUUAUUAUUAAAACAAAACCAUUAAAAUAUAUCGUAUUACUACUAUUAAUUCUAUUAUUAAUUUUAUCAUAUUUAUACUUAUCUAUAAGAUGCAUUUCAUUACUAUUAUAAACGAUUACGAAGCGUAUACAAAACAAAUGGGAAUCGAUGUGAUUCGAGAUUCGUUUAGGAUUUAGUUGGAUGUUUAGCCUAUUUGUAAUUUAAAGAAUUUUUCUAAAAUUAAACGGUUAGCGAAUCCCGACGGCCCGACGAUUUAGGCGUGACGACCGCAAUCGAACCAUUCGCUAAAUACAAUUUUAAGAUGUGAUCCCCCGGUUCGUCCCUUCAACCCGACACAAUUUCUCCGUGCGAGUUACAAGGUGUGUUAUGGUUUUUAUUGUUUUUAUGUUAAAUAUUUCGCCGAUUCGGCUUGUUAAAUAAAUUAUGAUUGUUGUCUGACUGAUUGCUAAAAUAAUAAUGGACGGGAAAUGCAGAGAUGCUCGGGCAUCAAUGAACUAACUGCUUGUCUCCUCAGUACAAAUUACAUUUCAAAGCGCGACCGAGAAGAGAUACUGUAUAUCGCCUGGACUUUUCGAAUUUGAGCGAGCCGCGCACGACUAUGAUAAGCAAGAAAAUGUUGAGAUUAGGAGCACCAUUCUAAGCGAUCUGCACGGUUGACGGUAAUUGCGAAAAUAAAUGAAUUAUUUUAAAUAGAAAGCAUUGCCGUUCUGAUUAAUUUAUUAUCGCGUCGCGUCGAUUGCCUGCGAUUGCAAGAAUUUUAAAAAGGCAGAUUGGAUGGGGGAUAGAUAAUCAUACGUCGGACGAGGAUACGGUUUUUCUUUUUGCUCGACGAUGACGAUCGGGAAUAGACACCGCGGCGUGACUUUCAAGGAAGUAGUAGAUAGGCAGACGUGUUCAGCUUAUCGUCGUCGGGUCCGUUGCACCGGAAUCGUUCAGAUCGGGAAUGUCGCGAAACCUCCUUUGGAUACGUAUCGUACCUCGUCGCUUGUCGUCGUGUCGUCGUACUCUGUCCGCUUGUGCUUAGUGAGAACUGACCAAAGGUAAACCUAAUGAAUAAUUUUUAAAAAAAUAUGUCAAUACUAAUGUCAAUACAGUGACUGCGUUUUCAUUUUGGAUCACAAAAGUAAGACGUGCUGAAAACACAAAUAAUGAAGUAUUUUAAUGUCAAUCCAGAGCAAUACGGUAAUUGUAGGUAGUUAAAAAAAACAUUAGGAGGAAAAUCCAAUUUUUUUAAAUAAUUAUUAUUAAACGAUGACUCUUGGUUCAAUUAAUAUAUUUAUAUUUUGAUAUCUGAUACUGUGUUAUAUUGCAUUAUAAGUGGUAUAGUUAAAUGAUGAAAAAUAAGAAUUGGUAGUUAACUAACUAAAGAGAAUCUAAUCUAACAAAUAACGCGAGUCUGCAGUCACGACUGGGACGAUGCAUUACAUUCGCAGAAUACAAUACAAACGAAUCUAUGAUAAUACGAUGAUGAGCCAGAUUGCAAAUUACACCAAAAAUAAUUGAAUAAUCCCAAUUAAAAAUUCACAAAAAAUAUGUACAUUAAGCCGCCGAGCGUUUUAUCGACGUGUCGUUCUUGUAAACUACAGUUUAACGUUAAACGAUUUUGCAAAAAAAAAUAAAUUCAUUUACCUAUAUUUAAACAAAAUAUUACCUACACGUAAAAAAUUAACUAACAUUACAUUGCAUACACAAAAGUAAUAAUUAACGGUUAACGAAAAUAUGGAAUAAAUUAAAAAAAGCAAGAAUAUAAUAUUAAUACUAUAUUGCGUAAGGAUAAUAUUGGUAUUUAUGAUAUACUUUAUAGCGAUGUAAGAUGUGCGAUCCCCGUUUAGGAAAUUUUAUCUUUCAACAUCUCACACACACACUCAACGAAAAUAAAACAGUAAGACACACGCGAAGGCGAGGAUUUGAAUAUGAAAUUUUCAAUUCAAAUUUCGAAAUUUUGUGGCUACCCAGCGCGUGGCCAACGUAAAAUGCAAGUUUACGCGGAAUGCUUUAUUCGAGCCGAUCUGGUAGGAAAAGUUUACAUAAUCAUACACUCUUUCCGAAGGAAAUUCUACAGGCAAAACUCUAUUAACACCCCGCCAUCGACAUAUCACCAGCGGCUGCUCGCGGGUCUUGUCACCGCCACUUUUUAGUCACCGACUCAUUCAAAAAAUCUAUUAUUCUAAUAAUGGUCGUUUACAAAACGAGACGGUUUAACCAACUAAAUGAAUUUCCAAAGGCAAAAAUUAAUCUACUAACACUCUGAAAGGAACGGUUUUAAAUGAAACAAAGAAAGAACUUACUAAUACUUAUAAAAUAAAUGAAUACUAAUUUAUAGGUAAAAAAUUGAAAAAAAAAUAUGAUAAUGAUAAUUGAAAAAGAAAAUUGAUGAAAAAUAUAUUAUCUCGACAAUAUUGAUUCACACUGUGAAAGUUUUCAGUUGUAUAAUUCAAACUGUAUAUCGUGGGCCUUACUAUACACUGAAAAUUAAAACGUGCUGUCCAAAAUUAAUUAAUGAUUAUCGCUGAUGAAAGCUUGAAAACGGAUAAAAAGAUAACAAUGUGGAAGAAUUUGAUGAUGAAAGACUAGUUUGUUCGUUUAGUUGUUAACUAACUGUGUAAUCGAUUUUAUUCUUCUAAAUCCAUUGUUUUUGUAUAAUUUUGUUUGUUAUCUCGAUGAUACUUCGAAACACUCUCAAACACACACACACACACCGGAUCAAAGAUAUUCACUAAAAUACCAAAUGAAAAAUGAUAAUAAAUUCGAUUUUAAACGACCGCGUGUUGUAGUUUGCAAUUAUUAGAGUCGCGCGUAUGGUCUUUGAAGAUACGAAUCAUUUAUGACGUUCAAUCGAAACCAAAAAAACCAAACAAUAAAGUACACAAAAGAGCUAAAAAAUACUAAUCAAUUAGUUUAAAUGUCACACUGAAAUGAACCACUGUAAUAGGAGGAUUACAAUUGAACAAAAGUGAAUCUAUGAGGAUGAUACAAUGCAAAACAUUCAAUGGAGAUAUAAAAUAAUGAAGAAGAAAAAUCUUUUUGUAUACUUAAAGCGCCUGCCGCGCGCGCGUUUUGUUGUGUUACUUUCAUACGUACUUUAGGAUUACGUUAUUGAGUGUAUACAAGUUGUAUAUAUUAUAUAAUAUAUAUACUCUAUAUAUAAUAUACAUAAUAUAUGAAAUAUUAUUACUUUAAGCGGUAGCAAGUGGUCCGGAGCCGCCACCGUGUAUUAAGGCAUCCGCCCUGUCCCUGUGUUGCAGCCCUGUCCUGUCUGGUCCACUUCAGCGCGUACACGAGGACGAGCGCGCACGCACCGCUGAGUCCUGCCGCCUCCGGUUUUUUUGUUGCAUAAAAUUGCGAUCCAACAUCACACUUAAUUUCGACUGGGGCUUAGGGAAACGCGCGCUCGCCGCUCGCGUUCGCCGCUUGAUGUUUACGUAAUUAAUUCGUUGUAUUUUAAAUAAAACUACAGCCAAAAAUAAUGAAAACGGCUUCUUGCAAUAAAAGAGCAAUAACCAUAUUCCUUCUGUGGACGCUUUCGACUUUUACAUUAUAAGAAUAUAUAAUAUUAUAUAUGAUUACAUUAUAAUUAAUUAAACAAUUAUUGUAAGUACGUACUUUAAUGAUCAAGAUUUUACACUAUAAUGAUAUGAUAUAUAAUGAUAAUAAACAAGAAAAUAAAUACAAACAAAUAUUUGAUGAUGGUGGAGGAUGAAGGAUGAUGUAAUACGAAGUAAUAAUAUUUGAAUGAAUAUUUGAAAGCGAUUAAACGUAUAUUAUUGCUGAUGAGCUGAAGAAGCAGCUGUUUGAAACAGUAACAAAACAUACAAACAAAAAAACAUUUAGGAUGAUUGUACAGAUAGAGUUUGUAACAUAAUAACAAGAAUUAUGUUGUUUAGCACGACGGCGCUUCCGAUCAAAACGUUGAAUUGAAAUACAGAAGAAAUAAAUAAAUAACAAAGAGAAAACCCAAUAUGCGAGCGGCGCCGUCCUAUGCUACCCCGGGUCUGGCGUUAGUCUGACCGUAUUCAUGUAUAUCUACACGUUCUACAAUGUACAUAUAUUAUUACAAUGAUAAGACAAGGUUCACAACGUGCCGUGUGUAUGUGGGAUAAAUAUAAUAUGGACAUUGUUCAA